CCAGGCAGAGGCGGCCGGACCCGGCGGCGGCUGCUGUAGCUCCCGAGGACGUUGUGAGACGGCAGGAGGCUUUGGCGGCCGCGCGCCUGAAAAUGCAGGAGGAACUAAACGCCCAAGUAGAAAGGCACAAGGAGAAACUCCGGCAGCUUGAGGAAGAGAAACGGAGAAGGAAGAUUGAAAUGUGGGACAGCCUGCAAGAGGGGAAAAGCUACAGAGGUCAUGCCAGGAAGCCUCAGGAAGAAGACAACCCCAGCCCUUCUACUUCGUCCAGCCUCCCCAAGCGGCCAGCAGACAGGAAGCCCCUACGUGGGGGUGGUUAUAACCCUUUGUCUGGGGAAGGAGGAGGAGCCUGCACGUGGCGACCUGGACGCCGAGGCCCAUCAGCUGGCGGAUGAGGCUAAGAAAGCCUUGCCCGUGUCACUCGACACGAAGCAAGCCCAGCCCUCACCCCAAUCCCCUUCAAUUGCCUUACGCACCCUUUCUCACAGUGACCAAGGGGCUCACUCCUGUCCUCCACCUGCACAGCACCCACCAGGCAACAGCGGGUCCCCACCUCCGAAGGAGGCACCUGACCCAAUCAAGAACACUGGGACCUAGAGGAACAGCCCCCUCUCACAGCCCUUGGCUGCUGCUAGGACAGUCUCUGUGAUAGGUUGCGUCGAAUGACGUCCUCCUUGUAAAUGGUGAAGCCACCACCAAGGAUUACCGAGGCUCACAGUUGACGGGGUUUCUGUAGAUCUGCACAGAACACUUUGCCAGGUAUAAACGUUUUUAAAGCUGCUGUC